UCAUUUUUGUGACAAGACUGAGAUGCUCAAUCCAGAAGCCAGUACCCAAGGAUUCAAUAUGGAAAAUCCCAAUGCAAGCAAGCAUUUAAGUAAAAAUUUCUUGCUCAAUACAGAUACAAAAACUCUUGAUCUGAUGAAGCAUUACUUAACUUCUUUGGAGAAUCCAGAGAAAGCUCCUGAAGGAGAAGGCGAUAAAUCUGAGCCAGAUCAAGCUCAUGCCCAAACAAUGAAGCAAUUAAACCAUGUGAAUAGUUUAUUUGAGCUCUCAAGUCGGCGGAAAUUGGAAAGAAUGAGGGCAAGUAACCCUAUACUGAACCUUGAGAGCAAACAAGAGGAGCUGUACUCUGUUCAACAAGCUAUUGGUCAGCUUGGUGGACUCUCCGAUACACUAAAACCUCUUCAAGAAUCCUUAACAAACAAUGAAAUAGCUAAUAUCAAAAACAAAGUUAGAAAAGGGAACACAAUUGGGCCUGAACUUGAUAGAGAAGGGAUUACUCCAAAUCUAUUUGCAACUGCACCUUAUGAACCAGCUAGGACAGAUAAAUAUCUCCGCCCAAAAGACAGGAACACUGCUUUGGUAGAGACAGUGAGCCACUUUACUUACAACAAAGGCGAUGUCAUGAACAUCCUCUUCGAUAAAGCCAAUAAAGAAUGCUCAAAAAGAAGGGAGAAACUGAACAAAAUUAAAAAGUGGAAUGACUACAACACUUUAAAGGACCAAGGGUUGAAAGAACUUGCCUCAAGAAUGGCAACUCGUGUAAAGAUGGACCAACCAUUAAUUCCAAAAGAGCAAUCUGAACAUCAAGAGGAAUUCUCUCAAAAUGAAGAUGACCAUCUUCAGAGAGAAGAUAAUCAUGUGGAGACUUUACAGAUUAAUGAAGUAGUGGAGGAUACAACUCCCGAACCUCAUGGUCAGGAUGAAACUAAUUCUCAACCACAAAAUGAAAAUGAGGAGAAUAAGUUAGAAGAAAGCAAAGUUAAUGAUGGAGAACCUAAAAUAGACGAUUCUCAUAUGGAUAAGCAAUCUGACAAAGAAAAUAUGAAAGAAGAGCUUUCUGAUAAACUUGAACAAAAGCUAGAAGAAGAGCCUGUUGAUAAGCCUGAGGAAGAGUCUGUUGACAAGCCUGUAGAAGAGCCAGUAGAAGAGAAAAUUCAAGAGGAUGCUGAAGAAAAGCCAGAAGAUGCAGUUAACCCUAGCGAGAAAUCUAAUGAAGAAAAUCCUGAAGAAGAUGUUGGUGAAGAGCCUCCGAUUCCGGAAGAAAUAAAGCAAUCUUAAUUUCUCAAUAAGCAGUUUAGAAGAA